CAGAGACGUUUUUCCGCAAUCUUAUGGGCAUGUUCAAGAGGUGCCGAGAUGAAGACCUGGUACCCACGCCGGCCAUUAAUGCCUUUCUACGGGAAAUUCACGAAUUCGUGCAAGAUAUCACUACCCGUUCUGGAAGGCCAUAUGCAAGAAGAGAGGCUGUACUGGAAAAUCUGAAAAAAGCCCGAAGCUAUCUCCCUGGAAAGCCGGCCCUUGCUGAUGCACUGGUGGACAUCUCCAUUCAGAUCCUGGAUAAGAAAAUGGAAGUCCCUAAUUGUUUGGCUCUGGUUGAGGAAUUUAAUCAUGCGUUAGAGAAAGAAGCAGCGGAGCAAGAAGUUGCAGCCGAAGAAGCGGCGGGCGAAGAACCCGAUAACUGAUGUUCGACGAUCGACUUUUACCUAUUCAAUCUUGAAAAUGUUUCUGAGAUGUUAAGAUAUUUCCAGGUUUUGCAUCUAGUUUGAGAUCUUUUGCCACUUUUACUGUGCAAUCAAAUCAUGCAUCGAAUUCUGUUCUUUUGUUGGUAGUCUCUCAAUCUUUCAAGUUGCUUCCAUCCUCCUUUGUCAUUCCCCUGUUUUGUUGUUUUACAAAGAAUCCAGUGCAAUUUUGGUCUAAUGGUUAGAUCAAAAUAUUAAGUGACCAAUUUUGCAUUACUUGAUUCUUGAGGUAAGUGCAUUAACUUUCUAACUCGUGGUAUGCAUUGGGUCUACUAAGUUUGUUUAAUUGAGCAGGGAGAUUCCCACUUACGUAACUUGUACCCACAUUUUCUUCCUUAGACUAGACAUGUUAUUUUGGGGUUCUUAUUUCUUCAUUGUUGUCUCCUCUCUAGUAAAUGACGCUUAUUUCA